GGCCUAGCAGCCCAGACUGAAACGUGGGGGGUUAAGAAGCCAGCUCCAGGGUUCUGAGAGGUGACACCUCCUGGGCUCUGGAGGAAGGGCCUCUGGCCUGUCUCCGCUGCCCCUUCCUCCGUCGCCCUGGCCAGCACCCAGCCUCUUGCCCACGGGGAGGAGAAGAAGGUAUCGGUUGGGCGGGUUUAAACGUUUGCGGUGGAAAUCCCGAGGCCGCCUGCUCCUCCCUGUGAGUGUGUGUGUCUGCCUCUCUCUGCACUGAAGCAGCAGCGGCGGUGGUGGCGGCGGAGGCAGCAGCGGCAGCAGCAGCAGCGGCGGCCGGAUUGGACUUGAGCAUCGGUGCGGUGCUGGUGGCAGCUGCCCUGUGGUCUCCGGGAGGCCCCUGCGCCCCGUCCAAGGCCGCCCCCAGACUCCCAGUGCUGCCAUGCUCGGGCCCUAGCCCUCACCUCGGGUCCCCCUCUCUCCCCCAGCUCCCCUUCGGUUCUUUGCUUCCGUGGGGGCAGCGGCGAGGGCCGUGUGCGUGAACCUAGGUGGCCGCCGCUGCCUCCCGCUCCGCAGCCCCCCACUCCGCAGCCCCCUGCCCUCUUCCUUGGCCCUGUUUCUCCUCCUCUUCCUCCUCCGCCUCCUCCUCCCUCUGCAACCUCCGUCGCCGUUUCUUCAAUGGGCAAUUUGCUAAGCGGGACCAGUUUCAAGGAGCCCACCACCGUGGAGGAUUGCGACUCCACCUGGCAGACGGACUCGGAGCCCGAGCCGGACGAGGAGGAAGACGGCCGAGAAGGCAGCGGCCCGGGCAGCCGCGAGGGCCCGGGGCACGAGCCCGAGCAACCAGCGGGGCCAUCUGCCAAGGCCAGCCCGCGGUCAGAAGACAGCCCCGCCGCACCUGAGGGAGACGCGGACGCCGCCGGUAACAAGGAGCAGAAUGAUGAUUCCACAGAGUCAGCUGCCAAACCAAAGAGAAGCUUUUAUGCUGCAAGAGAUUUGUACAAAUACCGACAUCAAUACCCACAGAACUUUAAAGAUCUCCGUUAUCAAAAUGACUUGAGUAAUCUCCGUUUUUAUAAGAAUAAAAUUCCUUUUAAACCAGAUGGUGUUUACAUUGAAGAAGUCCUAAAUAAAUGGAAAGGAGAUUAUGAAAAACUGGAGCAUAACCACACUUAUAUUCAAUGGCUUUUUCCACUGAGAGAACAAGGUUUGAACUUUUAUGCUAAAGAACUAACUACAUACGAAAUUGAGGAAUUCAAAAAAACAAAAGAAGCAACUAGAAGGUUCUUCUUGGCUUAUAAAAUGAUGUUAGAAUUUUUUGGAAUGAAGCUGACUGAUAAAACUGGAAAUGUGGCUCGGGCUACUAAUUGGCAGGAAAGAUUUCAGCAUCUGAAUGAGUCUCAGCACAACUACUUAAGAAUUACCCGGAUUCUGAAAAGCCUUGGUGAGCUUGGAUAUGAACAUUUUAAAUCCCCUCUUGUAAAAUUUAUUCUUCAAGAGGCCCUUGUAGAGAACACCCUUCCAAAUAUCAAGCAGAGUGCUUUGGAAUAUUUUGUUUAUACUAUUAGAGACAGAAGAGAGAGAAGGAAGCUCCUCCGCUUUGCUCAACAACAUUACACCCCUCCAGAUCAUUUUAUUUGGGGACCUAUAAAAAAACAAAAGCCUGAAGGAAGCAAAGCAGCAAAGACCCCUACAUCUCCUGUCUCUGGUCACAAUCUUCAGUCUUCUAUGCACAAAAAAUCCAAGGAGUCUAAGAAUAUCUGCACAGCUGUUCAUUUAAGUAGCAAAGCAGCUGAAGAAAAUAAGGGAGAAUUGAAAGAAAGUGGAGAAAAUGCAGAUCAGCCUGGAAUGGAGGCUGGUAAUGAAGUUCCCAAGCCUAGAAACAGUGAAAAGGACAGCAGGGCUGAAAGUCCAAAUUCUAAGCCAGAAAAAACUAUGAAUAAUCUCUUAGAUAAAAAAGAGAGUGCUGCUUCUCUUGAAAAAGGUGAGGACAGUGAAUACCAGGGUCUGGAUUGUGAAAAUUCCGGAGUUACAAGGAAAGUUUCCUCUGAUGAGGAUAGCAAGAACUGUUCCAGUAACUGUUCAGAAAACACACAAACCAAUUUAGGUAAGGAAAAAACUAUUGUAGAACCCAUCCCAAAGAACAAAGAUGAGGUCACAUCCUAAAAUCAGGACCUAUACAUCUGCUUGUGACUCCUGUUGUAAACAAUUUUGGUUGUUGUUUUCAUUUUGGAAGUCUUAAGACGAUGCAUCGGAUAAUGCUUUUAGUCUCAGAGUUUUCAAAUUCAGUUUUGUAUACUGUUUAUAAUAGCUUUAAAAUUACAUACUUGGUACCUUGAAACAACUGUCUGUGUUUGACCUAGAAAUAGUUUGCAUUCUAUACAGGGAAAAACAAAACAGUUCUGUUGUGUUGUCUUAUAUGGCUUCAUCCUUAGUUUCUUUAAAAUAAAAUAAAGUAGAGGUCUUUGGUCUUCUCAGAAGUAUUCUAAAAGCAAUUUGGUCUUUGGGGAGUACCUCAAAAAAAGCUUAUUUUGAAAAUCUUCAAAAUGAAAAGGAUAUUUUUGGUUUAGUCACCCUGAUAUGCCUAAAUCCCACAUUUUAAAUCUUUGUAAAUUGAUAAGAUAAGUUGCCAGGCAGCAUUAAGAACUUCCCAUAUAAAGGAUUAUGCUGACCUUCAGCUUGAAUUUGAAAUACAAUGUUAGUUGGAGUGCAACUUUAAAUUCUGUAGAUUUUCUCUUAAACAAAUCAUAGAGAUGUUUUCCUGAGCUAAGCACUUAAUAUAAAUUUUGAUGCCAAAGACACAGAGAAACAUUAUUUCUGAGGACUUUGUGUUUGCUUUUAGGUAUUGAUCCUGUGUCUUUCAGAUAAUUAUGUCUAUAAAGAAAAACUGAAGAUAUAAGGAAUGAAAAGGGAGUGUUUUUUUUUUUUUAAUUCUUAAAAACAGUCCUGAAACCUGUUCUCCUUUGCAAGGCAUUUAACAGUAUAAAUACAGAUAUCUCUAUAAGGUGCCUUAUAAGAUCGAUACAUCGAUGUGGUCCUCUAGUGAAAAAGAACCGUGUGAUUCCCCUUUCUAAAGUGUUAAGCUUUGAAACUGGGGGAAAAAAAAGUUGAAAUUCAUUACACUUGGUUUGAAUAUACUUAGAAUGCAGGACACUGAACCAUCCAAGAUUUCAUCUCUGCAGGCAUUUGUGUCAACACAGACUGCAAACCUUAGUAGGUAGCUAGUAAUUGCUAUAAAUUUUAAAAAAGCAUGAUGGCCAACAUUCUGGUGAUAAACCUGCCUAGACUUAGGCUGGUUCUCAUGUAACAGACACACAGUACACAUGGCCACAUUUGAAACCUUCAAGUUUGCCUUCAAGGAUCUGCCAGAGAUUCAGCUACACUCACAUAGCCUUUGAAGACCUAACGGUAACCCCAACACUACAGGGAGUCAUUAAAGUAGGCUUUUCAUGGAGGUGUAAAUAAACAUAUCUUAACUUUCAAAAACCCAUAUGACUUAUUUUUAAUUGGGUUAUUUGUAGAGAUUGUGUGUAGAAAAGGGGAAAUCAUAAUCACUGUAGUAAGAAUUUUAAAGCAUGCAUCUUGAACUUACUCUUCUCAUUAAUGGGUACAACAUUUUUGUUUUAUUCAUUUCUUUUGGGGAAAAGUUGUUUUUCUUAUUUUGUUCACUUUUUUGGCCAGGGACAUUUUAAAAGUUAUAAAUCCAGAAAAAUGCUUUAAUAUGUGCUAUUUUGAAUUCCACUGCAUGUGUUUCUGUUGAUUCACUUUCUUUCAGUGUUGUAUUUUGCGGUGUGUUGGAAAACAUCCAGCCAUUGUUUCCCUAACCCCACCCAAGUCCCAAGUUCAAUGGAUUAUCAGAGAUAUGUUUGAUGUUAUUACAGUGUUUGAUUCUUUUUUGAAGUUUAAUUGUGAAUUUUUACCAAAAAUGAAACCCCUUAUCAAUGGCUAUAAUCAACAAAUGAUGUCAUAGUUUUCUGAAAUACAAAUGGUGAUAAUUCUUUAUAAGUAUCAUUUUGACCAUUUUAUUAGUUUAAAUUUUGUAAAGUGCCUAUUUUUGCUUUCUCUUAUUUUAUGCAAUGGUCCUAUGGUUAUACUGAGCUUUUACAUAUCCCUUUCUUGAUUCUAUGCAGGAAAAAUGUAGAAUAAUGUGUGGUGUCCAACAUAGCACCAUGCCUUUGUGGGUACCUCAUAAAUGCUGUAUGACGUGAGCUAGGGGAGAGGAUAGGCUUCCACAUUUGAUUGCUUUUUUGAUGAUCGAUAAGACAAGAACAUUGUUAAUGAUGAAUAAUCUUCAAGAACUUAUUAAAAAUAACACAUUUAUUCCAUUGUGGCAAGUCCCUUUGCAUUCUGGACAUGUGUUUCUGUACUCAGUGUUCAUAGCUGUGUUCUCAGAAUAUUAAGUAAACAUCUAAUAUUAGUAAUCAGAGCAAAGUUAUUAAAUAAUUAUUUACAACAAAAUAUAACCUUUUAUUUAGUAAUUAUAGCACAUCAUAACUCAUUGAGAUGGAAACAGAUUCUAGAUUGACAUUAUUUAUAUGGUAUUUUACAGUAUGUUAUCUCAUUUGGUCCUAAUGAAUUAGGUAACUGCAGGUAUGAUUCUUCCCAUUUUACAGAUGAUGAAAAUAAAGCUCCUAGAGAAUGACUUGUCUAUGGUCACAUAGGUAGAAAAUAGAGAUAGGAUCAGGCCUGAGUCUCUCCUGAUUCAAAGUCCAGCACUAUCCAUUACUUUUUAAAAAUAUUUUUCUAAUUAAGAGUUCCUUUUCUUGUGUAUGAUAUUGUCUAACUUGUUUCAUGAAAUUUUCUAAUACAUAGUCCUACAGAGAAAACUGAGUUUCUUCCAUAUGAAUUCUGGUCUUCCUCACACUAGGGGCUUUUUGAAACAUUUAGUAAGAGGGUUUUUGAGAGGAGAAUAAAGGCUAGUGAGAGAAUGUAAUCCUUUUUGCAGCUGCACAAAGUGCCAAAUUUCUUAUAUUUUGUUUUUCUAUCGAAAAUACUCUGAAUUUAGUAGCUUGUUUUUAUAAGAUAUGCAGAAAUACAUUUCUAUGUAUUUGAAACAGGACUUGGCCCUGUAGGGUCUGGUUUUGUCAUCUUACAUUAAAAUACACACACACACACACACACACACACACACACAGUAUUGUGAUUACUAAGGCAUAUUGAGAAGCUAUUAUUACCAAAAAAUUCAGUGAAGCAUGUCUAAAGUGCCAGGACCAUUAUUGAGCCUUUGUGAUAUAUAGUCUUUAUCCUGUACCUGAGGCUACAAGAAUAUGCAGUCAGAUAUUGAUAUAAUGCUAACUUGUAUUUCGUGACAAAUAGAUGGAAUGCUGCAUGGAUUGUUCUAGGACGUUUGUGAUAAUUUGCCAUUUUACUUUUUUUGUACUGGAAAUGAAAAAAUCUAUUCCAUUAAACAAUUCUGCCAUUCACCAUACAGUUUUGGUGAUUGUUCCCAUAAAAAAAGAUACAAGGAAUUUGAAUAGAGAUUUAAGUAGAAAUGUCAGUUUUCUCUUAAUCAAGUGUUUUAUGCACUUCAAAAAAUACUUGAAUUCUGCUUUCAAUUCUUGUUUUGAGGGUACCUUUUUAUUUUUUUAGUCUAUAGAAGAAAACAAACCCUGUGACUACAGACUAACACAGUCAUUAGGGAGGUCUAAGCAACCUUUUUGCCAUGUCGAGAGGCUUUUUAUUAGUCAUCACGGAUUCAGAUUUUGUUGAGCAGAAAUAUUUUUCCUUUAAGCUCUUUUCUGAAUAGCAGUCUGAUUCUUUUGAAGGGUGGGUGGGAAUAGAAAUUAAGUGUAACAUGUAUGCAUUACUUUAAUACAUUUAGCAAGGAAAAGCUUCAUGUUAAUAUCAAAACUGAUAGACAAUUUAGUGCAACUGUUUCUUUAAAAAUCAAAUUUUGCUAAGUCAAAUGUCUUCAAUAAUUUAAUUAUCCAAUCCCCAGUAAAUAAAUCUAGCAAAUCAGACACCACAUUUUAAAAAAUUUUCAAGUAUUCCUUCCUACCCCAGAAAGAAAGGACAUUAGGAGCUGCUCUGCCUUGAUUGUUGAUUGCUCCUGCAGCUGUGUUAUUAGGGUUAGGUCUAGGGUCUCUUAGAGGGAAGUCCCUACUUGGUUCUGGAAAUAACAUUUCUCCAUAUUUGAUAGCAGAUGCAGUCAUUAGGCAAUGUCCAGGUUGAAAUUAAGUACUCUAAUUUCUAAGAGCAGAAUCUAAAUACUGUGGCAGGAGAAGUUAUAAACACAGUAAUAUUUAAAGUUCAACCAAAAAGAUAGAAUCCAGGAUGCCACUUUGGAAGCUCAUUAAAGCUAAGGUGACUAGUACUUCAGAUUGCAGUUGUGGUUGUAGAGAAAGAUGGCUGCCAAUGAAACACAAAAAAAUCUGGGAACCAAAAAACAAGGGAGCAUGUGUUUAUUUACUCAUUCUUUCAAUGUAUAAUUUUAUACUGCUUAUUGCACUGAUUUGUGUGGGUGAUUUCUGGGGUGACAGUGAGGUUUUUUCUGCCUGCUCUUUCUCAAUUCUGAAUAUCCCAUCUACUCAGCAAAAUGUGUACAGGAUUAUUCCAUGUUUUUAAAAAUCACAUACGAUUGAAGCUACUAAUGAUUUGCUAAUAAAUAUGUAUUCCUAGAGGUUUCCAGAUGUGCCUUACAUAGUGUAAGCAGUUUUCAUUAAGAAGCUGACACUUUCAUUCCUUUAAAAAAUUAUAAGAAACCAUAUCAUGAUAUAAAAUUAUAUUUAAUAUCUUGAAUGAAAUUGGUUUCCAUGCACGUUACUGCUCCUUUUUUCCCUUCUUUUAGAGAAAUGGCCUCUUGGUGAGACUUGCAUUCAUCCAAAGAGGGAAAGGGGAAUUAAAUGUAUUUUCCAUAAAGUUAAAUAAAUAUGUUGUUUUGGGGAAAGAGUUUGGAAUAAAAAAGCAUAAACUAUUCAGUGUGUUAAAAACUAUUUUUGUUUUCUAUUGAUUAUUAUAUUUUAUUUCUAGCUUUCAACACCUAUCUUAGAUAAAUAUAAAAUAUCACAUCUUUGUACCUGCUGCUAUAGCUGGUACACAGAGGUAGGAAAGGAAAACCCUUUUGACUAACAUGAUAGAAGUAUGACUCUAAGAAAUUGUUCAAGGCAUCUAAGGACUAUUUUCAUAACUGCUUUGACAAAUUAUGAUGGCAUGAUUAAGUCCUGCUUUCCAAGAUAACACUACUAAGAAAAGAAAUACUAAUAUCUCUCCUUUCUUUCUGGCUUAUUGAUUCCUCUCUUUUUUUUGGUAAGGAAUUACUUAUUUUUGUAGAGUAUAUACAGGAUGCAGAAAAUGUGUGAAUUCCUAAGUUAAAAUCAUCCCAUUAAAACUGCAGAUUUCAUAUAUACAUUUCACUCUACAUAACACUAUGUAGUUUUGGCUCAGUUGAAAUGAAUGGCUGUCCUUAUACCAGAAUAUAAUAAGCAAUUGGUCAACAUCUUUUUGUUGUGUGGUAUAGUGAGAUCAACUUGACUCCUGUUAUACAAAUUAAAAUUGCAUGUAAAUAAUUUUUCUCUGGAAAAUACUUUGCCCUAUUAUAUAUAUAUAUAUAUAUAUAUAUAUAUAAUUUCUGAGUCAGAAGUUAUUUUGGCAGUCCUAUUGCAGUUUUUUUAAAAAUUCAGUGAAAGGAUUCAGUGUGCUUUAAAAAUAGAAGUGGAAGGGCAAAGGUUGCAAUUGCUGUGGGUUUUCAGCAUUUAAUCAGAAUGCUUUAUGGCAUAGAUUUAAACCUUGAGAUUUAUUUAUUAUAUCUUCAUUCUUAAAAUUAAGGAAGGGGUAAUGUUAAUACAAGGAAGAUGUUUUACAAAACAGUGCUACUUUUCUAAGCUUCUGUCCCCAGGUAACCUUCCAGUUUUUCCAGUGGGUUGAAUUAGUCAUUUGGGAUUUAUUGGGUACUUACAGAAUUUACAAUCUAAUCAGGAGGGGAGAAGAAAGAAACCACUAAAUAUUGAAAAAUUAAUUCAUGUUUAUAUAGAACUUUUAAGGUUUACAAUAUUCUUUACACACAUGGGUCCGAUAAGGUAAGUAAUAUUCUCAUUAAGAAACUGAGGUCUGUAGAAAUUAAGUGAUUUCCCCAGUCAUAAAUCUAGAAAGUAUCAGAACUGAGAUGUGUAUCCAGCGUGUGUUCUCUCUCUCUCUCUCUCUCUCUCUCUCUCUCUCUCUCUCUCUCUCUCUCUCUCUCUCUCUCUCGGAUCCUUUUCAUGUGUGUGUGCCAUAAAUUCUUUGGUCAGCCUAGUGAGGUCUAUGGAUCCCUUCUCAGAAAAAAAAAGUUGGAGAUAAUAUUAAUUUUUAAUUAAAGGUUAGUGAAAAUAGAGAUUAAAAAAAAAUAGCCCAAGUUCACAGACCCUCCUGAAAUCUAUCCUCAGACCCCUACUGUGAAGAUGGGAAACUUGGAGAGGGGAACACUUGCUGUUGUAUGGGUGGUGUUUGGAGUGGGAGAAGAGGUAGCACUUAUUUAAAUAUUCAAAAGGCAUAUGAAAAAGGGCUUAGAUUUGUUUCAUUUGGUCUCAGAAGAUCAGAGUAAGAACAAUAAGUGGAAAUUGCAGAGAGGCAAAUAUAUGCUUGAUAUUUUUAAAACAAACAAAAAUAGCCCAACAACUUUCCAACAAUAGGAACUACCCUGAAGUUGAAUGGACUUCCCCAGGAUUUACAGGGUUUUCCCUCUGGAAAGGUCUUCCAGUAAAGUUUGAAUGACCAAUUGUUGGAUAUUUGCAUAGGGAUUCUUGAACUUGAAAGUAUUUAGAGUAGCUGGCCUUAAUGUCUUUCCCGGUCUGAGAUUCAGUGAUUUUCUAAGGAACAGAAACAAGUUUAAUAUAGAAACGUAGUGUGAGAAUUGGAAUGACACCCCCUGCUGGGAGGGACAUUAUGAGCUCUGGCCUGAAAAGAAACCAUGUGACUUCAGCAUCCGGAAGUGACCUCUUCUGGGGUUUCUAAGGUCAGAUCAGCGUCAGGAAGUGAUGUUUGCCACCCGUGGGUCCUGUCAAUCAGUGCUACCAACAAAUUAGCUUGGAGCUGUGUGUGUGUGUGGAGGGGGGUGGGGUAUACACAGCCCUGUUUCCUGUUUCACAGGAGGCUUCUGGGAAGAGGGAGGCCUUUUCAUUUAGGGACCUCGGCUUGUUGGGAGGACGGAUGCUGGGCUUUCUUAGAUAGAUGAAGUUUGCUUUUUACCGCCCCCCCCCCUCCACUAACUUCUGAUGCACUUUAAUAAAUAUUUAAAAGUCUAAACUCUUGCUAAAGCUUCUAAUUUAAGGCGAACCACUCAUUAGAUUUUAGACAUAGCUAGAAUUUUAGGCCCUUACAGUAGGGGGUAUAGUUCUUGAGUACUGUUCUUCAAGGCAUGAUGUUAUUAAUUGUGGAGAGAUUGGUCUGGGAAAUCAUGGAAAUAGAAAUUUAUAAUUUUGUUUUGUUAAACCUCCCUCCCCCUUUCCCUUCCUACUGCUAUUAAGCAACCAGCUUCAGUAAGAAAGGUUUCACUUCUUCUUUCCUAUGCCAACAAACUGGCUUUAGGUAUUAAAACAAGACUGUCUAGGGAAUGGAGGAAGAAUUGAGAGAGUGAUGUAGUAGACUAGUUUUGGAUUCAUAUUCUGUAUGUAGCAAGCAAUAUAUAUAUAUUUUUUUUAGUGAGGCAAUUGGGGUUAAGUGACUUGCCCAGGGUCACACAGCAAGUAAGUGUUAAGUGUCUGAGGCCAGAUUUGAAUUCAGGUCCUCUGACUCCAGGGCCGGUGCUCUAUCCACUGGGCCACCUAGCUGCCCCGAGCACACAAUACUUUUGUGGCCUUGAGUAAAAUCUCUUAAUCUCUGUGGGCCUCAGUUUCCUCACUGUAAAAAGGAGAAGGUUAAAUCAGAUGACCUCUAAACCCUCUUCUAGUCCUAGGGCCUGUGUUCCUAAGCAAAUGCUUAUUCAGAAUGCACAUUAGAAACAACAUAAUUACUCCCCCCUCCCACUUCUGUCAAUCGAAUGCAUAAAAAAUGGACAAAUCUAACUAAUGUUUACUAUCAAAAUUUGGGGUGUAAAUGAGGACAAAUUACUUAUAGCCUUCAACUGAUUUCAAAGGGGGGGGGUAUUCCCUAAGUGAGAUAAAUGGCAGGCUAAAAUCAAUUUACCAUUCCAUUUUGGAAAUGGUUGUAUGUCUAUGUAUUUCAGGAAAAAUGGUGGUGUAAUUAUUUUUUUUAAAUGUACACAUUUUCAUUUUGCAGUGGCAAAUAUGUUGCGAUUGAUGGGCCUGCUCUGUACUCUGUAUUCUCUUGCAGCAUAAAACUACAGAAUGCCAUGCAUGUUUGUUAGCACCAAUACCAUAUGUAUGUGGUAGAAGUUGUAACCAGUUUCUGGAUCUGUAUGGUACUAUAAAAUGCUUAUUUUAUAAUUCUGUAACUGUAUGGCAGUGUUAUGCCAAAAAUGUAUAAAGAGCAAUAGUUUCUGUUGCUUUUUGCUAGAUUUUAAAAUAUUGUUUCUAAAAUAAUAUAUUUGAAAUUCCUUUCAAGUAAAUAUUUUUAAUAACUACCAAAAAUUAUAUCCUGUAAUAAUAAUUAUAAUAAUAAAGCAUCUUCAAUUUAGCAGCAAUGUUUUAGCAUGGUGUUAGAGAAUAUUAUAUUGGUCUUGCAUGAUUAAACUUAUUUUUGAAGAGCUAGAAUACAUGGUUGACUAUUUUUCCUAUGCCUGCCACAUCAUCCUUUACUUUCCAUUUUUCCAUGAAUGUACCCUUUAGUAGUAACUAUUCAUUUUUAAGAAAAGAUGGAUUUUAACAAUAGAUGCAGUAUAGAGGAUAGAAAGUCAGCCAGGAAAACCUGGGUUCAGGAGAUGUUGACUGACCCUUACUGUCUGCCUAAACUGGGUAGGAGUUUUAAUCUCACAGUGCUUUAGAAAUUCUCUGAGACUAGAAAUUGCAGAGAAAGGGCUGACCGGCAAUGUUACAGGGAGUAUCUAUCUUCUCCCUGGAGUUCCCUAGAUUAAGGAAAUCACAGGGUUAGUUUCUAUCUUAUAUUAGUAAAACAACAAAAACAAACAGGAUGAGUGCAAAAUUGGGUAGGGGAAAAUUGGAAAAAAUUAGUAUACCUUUUAUCACAUCAAACCUAUGAUUUGCCUAACAUGUGCAACCAUUGUUCCAGUGAUGACUUGUGGGAAAUCCAGAGCUGUUUAAAGUACUGAUUGGAAUAAUAAAAGUUGUAUACUUGUUCAUUUCUCUUCUGUU